AUGGACAUAAGCUUGCCACUCCAUAAGAAAUCUGCCAAUAUUGGUGACAAUGUGGAUAGGAUCAGCAAGUUGCCCGUUGAAGGGGAAUUAUACGAAUAUGCGUAUUCGAAUGCUUUACUGAAGAUGUUUCCCCAUAUAUUUAUGUGCCGUGACAGCUUGGCGUUUGUCCUAGAUUUGCCUAUGAAUAUAUUUUUUCCAUGCCUUGAGACCCUUGGUGUUGCUCAUGUUGUGUAUGUCGAUGAUGCUUCAAUGCACAGGCUCUUUUCUAGCUGCCCUGUCCUUGAAAACUUAGCUAUGAGAAGAGAUGGAUGGGAUGAAAUGCAUUUCUUGGAGGAUCAUAAGCACAAGACUGAGAUUGAUACCCCAUGUCUUGAGUAUUUCCAAAUCAAAGACACUUCACAGUGUGAUUCUUCCAUGAGUUCUGUCAAUGCUGUUGUUUGUGAUUCUAUUCUGCCCACAUUCCAUUAUCUUACCAAACUAGAGCUAUAUGUUGGUGAGUUUAUAAACUGGGAAUCCCUGCCAGACUUGCUUGAGAGCUCUCCUAAUCCUGAAAUUCUCGUAUUUCCAGCCAAGUGUUUGCUCUCAAGUCUGAAGACAAUUGAAAUUAAUAACUUCGUGGGAAUGUCUGGCGAGAAAUAUAUUGUAGAAUAUUUGCUAGAGUCUGCCGAAGUUUUGGAGGAGAUGAUAAUCCGAGGUUGCAAAUUUUUUGGAAGGCCAAGAAUGCAGAAGAAGCUAGAGGCUUUUAGGAAUGAGAUAUUAGGCUUCCCAAGAGGUUCUACUGCCUCAUUUUCUGAGGCUUGA